UCGGGAACCCCAGCAAACAUGGCGGCGGCCAGGUGCUGGAGGCUUGUGCUCCGUGGUCCAGGGCUGUCACUGCACACCGCGGCCGGGGCCGCCGUCACCGCUCCCGAAGUGACCGGCCCAGAUGUCGCGGCGGCCCCAGUCGCGCGCUACCCGCCGCUCGUAGCCUCUCUGACUGCCGACAGCAAGGCGGCACGGCAGCGGCGAGUGGAGCGAUGGCAGGCCACGGUGCACGCGGCCAAGUCGGUGGACGAGAAGCUGCGAAUCCUCACCAAGAUGCAGUUCAUGAAGUACGUAGUUUACCCGCAGACCUUCGCCCUGAACGCCGACCGCUGGUACCAGAGCUUUACCAAGACCGUGUUCCUGUCGGGCCUGCCGCCGCCGCCGCCGCCUGCCAAGCCCGAUACCGCGCCCGCGCCGGCUCUGGACGUAGCGGCCCUGCGCGCCGCCGCCUGUGACUGCCUCCUGCAGGAGCACUUCUUUCUGCGGCGCAGGAAGCGUGUGCCGCUCUACCUGGAACGUGAGGCCAUCGCUUCGCCUUUCUUGGACCAGCUGGUUGCCUCCCUCACGGGCCUGCUCAGCGCUCGCAAUCCAGCCCUGGCUGCCGCCGCCCUCGAUUGUAAACGCCCAGUUCACUUUUACUGGUUGCGUGGUGAAGAAAUUAUUCCUCGUGGUCAUCGGAAAGGUCGAGUUGAUGCUUUGAGAUACCAAAUAAAUGAUAAACCACACAACCAGAUUCGAAUAUCCAAACAACUACCCGAGUUUGUGCCGCUGGAUUAUUCUGUACCUGUAGAAGUCCCUGUUAUGAAUUGUAAGCCAGACAAACUUCCAUUAUUCAAACGGCAGUAUGAAAAUACCAUAUUUAUUGGGACAAAGACAGCAGAUCCACACUGUUAUGGACAUACCCAGUUUCAUCUGCUACCUGACAAAUUAAAAAGGGAAAGGCUCUUGAAACAAAACUGUGCCAAUCAGAUAGAAGUUGUUUUUAGAGCUAAUGCUAUUGCAAGCCUUUUUGCUUGGACUGGAGCACAGGCUAUGUAUCAAGGAUUCUGGAGUGAAGCAGACGUUACUCGACCUUUUGUCUCCCAGGGUGUGAUCACAGAUGGAAAAUACUUCUCCUUUUUCUGCUACCAGUUAAACACUUUGGCGCUGACUGCACAAGCUGAUCAAAAUAACCCUCGUAAAAAUAUAUGUUGGGGGACACAAAGUAAGCCUCUUUAUGAAACAAUCGAAGAUAAUGAUGUGAAAGGUUUUAAUGAUGAUGUUUUACUUCAGAUAGUUCACUUCCUACUGAAUGGACCAAAAGAAGACAAAUCACAGCUGUUGGUAAACUAAGAAAGAACAUUUGAUUCGAGACUUUGGGAAUACUUAAAUUUCACUGAAGGAACAAUGAAAGGAAUUUUGAUAAUGAGACUUUUGUCAAAUAUUAAAUGUACUGAUUUUGAGACAAAUAUUUCUUAUGUUAACCUCUGAUUAGACCUUUCAUUUGGCUCAAAAUACAUCACUAAAGGAUUUAAUUUUAGAUAUAGUAUGUCGAUUAAAAAUAAUUUUACUUAUAUGUGACUAACUGACGAGACUAAUUGAGCAGUCAUCAAUACCUGGUAUUAAUUGUGUGUGUAAGCUCAUACUACUUGCUGCAUACCACUCACUGCAUGACAGGCCAGUAAUUUGAGAGACAAGGUGUUGGCGCAAGGAAAAACGACGUUAUUUGGAAAGCCAGUGAGCCAAGAUGGCAGACUAACAUCCUAAAGAAUUAUUUUAAUUCAGGGUAGAACUCUAGCUUCUUUUAGGCUAGGGAAGGGGGAAGCAGGGUGCCUGAUAAGCUUGUGGACAGUCUUCUGACUUGUUGGUAAUGAGAUAACCAGGUGGUAUUUUGGGAGUCAACAUUAAUCAACCUUCUGGUUCCAACCUGGCUGGGGUGUACGUGCUUGUGGUCAGCAUGUAGUUAACUUUUUCUACGUGGUGAGAAUUUUAGUAUCUAUAAUAAACAACUGAAGGAUAUGGCUCAGAAUAUUAUCUAUAGCCCUCAAGGAGGAACUUAAAGGUCUUUUGACUUUGUUUUAUGGCUAAACUGUUAUUUUGUCUUGCUUGACUAUUUUCCUUUGUUUCUGCAUUGUCUCAUUUCUCUGACUAAAUUUGCUGUUUGGAACUCAGGGAAGGCCUUGGAGGCUAAAGCUUUUCUACAAACAAGAGGCAGGGGAUAUGGGGGUUCUGUACCCUGGAAGGCCCUGCAGGUCCUGCUCAGUUUUCUAUGGUUUUAAAAGUAAUAUAAAGACAAUUCAGUGCUUGAGAAUAUUUAGAUGUUUUGUUAUAUUUUUUCUUUUUAAUUUUUUAUAAUAAUAUCAUAUAGAGUUUGAAAACCCUACACAGACCCCUUCAAAACAUGAACAGUAUUUUGCACAUAUAGGAAACUGGCACAGAGGAGUUAAAGUGACUUUAAUAAGUUUUCACAGAUGAUUAAUAAUAUAACUGAUGAAUUAUAUGCAACUUAGGUUCCUUAGAGCUUAGAAGUAACAUUAGUAUAUUUCUGCUAGUUUCAUUUGUUCUAUCCCAAAGAUUGGAAAACUAGGUUUGUUAUGUUUCAAAAUCUAUUGUCGGUAAAAUUGUUAAUCUUGUUGAGAAUUAAGGUUCGUUCAAACUAUUUUUAGUGAGAAAAGAUAAUUACCUUUGUUGUUGUUGUUGUUUUUUGGCCGUGCUGUGUGGCAUGAGGGAUUUUAGUUCCCUGACCAGGGAUUGAACCUGUGCCCCCUGCAGUGGAAGCACCGGACCACCAGGCAAUUCCCCUAAUUACCUUUGUAUAACCAUGCUAACACUUACGAUUUGAUAUAACCUCCUGCUGUAAAUAUCUAAAAAUAAUCCAUUAUUUACUGUAGUUAAUGACAAAUGCUGUUUUUUCUUUCUUCCUUCUUCCUUCCCUCCCUUCCUCCCGCUCUUUCAAAACAGAGGUCACAGUUACAUGGAAUAGAUGCCUCAGCUAGAAGGGAUUGUUUACUACAAAUGAUUGCUAAACUGAAGGAAUAUUAUUUGAAAGUUGUAAUUCAGUUCAGGCAAGUGCCACCUUCGCAAGGCAUUGUGCUAAGUGUUCCAUCUUUACUUUCACUUUUUGCAGAAUGCCAUGUAAUUUCACUCCGCCAUUCUUUUAUUUAAGCUGUUUCCAAAGCUUGGAAUACUGUUUUCUACCCUUGGUCCUGUUUAUUCCAACCUGUCUGUUGCAUUCUCAUUCAUCCUUCAUAGAAAAAUGCAGGUAUAGAGGGAACAACCAUAUCAAGCUCCAAAUAAAAUAUAUCUCUUAAUCUUUGCUCUCACCUUCUAACUAAUUGAACCUUGGGCAAUUUGAGUUACCAUCCUUGAUUUCUGCUUCCAUAAAACAAAAUAAUUUCACAAAGUUGUCUAAGGAUGAAAUGAGCUAGUGUAUAUGAAAGUGCUUUUAAAAUAUUAUGUAAUUAAAAUAUCGAGGGUUCAGUUGAAAUACUUUUCUUUUCCUAAACAGAUUGUAAUUGAUUGUCCCAUCCUUUGAAUACUUCUUCCUCUAUGGUAGCACCUGUUUCAUUGUUUCACAACAAUUUUUCUCAUUACCAAUAGUGGACAACACACACAUCACACAUACACACCUGUACGUACAUGUCAGGACCUCAUAGAGCACUUAACUAUAUUCUAGAGCAUGGUCUAGAUAUUUUACCGAUAUUAGCUCACUUAAUCAUCACAACCAUUUUGUGAGCUAGGGACUGUUAUUCUCAUUUUGCUGGUGAGUUAACAGGCACAGAGAGCCCAACAGCUUAUUGCAGGUCACACAGCUAGAAAGUGGCAGGAUUAGAAUUUGAGCCCAGGUGGUCUGACUCCAGAGCCUGUGGUAGAUAUUCCCCAGUAAUACACUAUAGAUGUAGUCAGUGCUACAGCAGUGUAUCAGUGGUAUAAAUUUAGAUAAAGGAAAUGUUAAUACUGACUGAUAUGAAUCAUAGGAAUGUGCCUUGGAGCAAGUAGCAUUUGAAUUGGUUCUUGAUAGAUGACAUUUUCCAAAAACAGGACAGUAAGUGGAUAGAUCUGUGAAUGAAGGUGAAAAGUUCAAGAUUUACCUGGGAAGUAGGUGGUAACUUGCUUUACCCAAGUAGGGUGUAGUCUGAAAGCAUUUCGAGAAAAAAAUUAUUUACUAAGAAACAAAAUCUAAUUGGUGUCCCAUCUACAUAUAACACUGAACGUUUGGCAACAGUGUAGCAGUGUUUAGACUUCUGGGGGAAACAUUACAUCAGAAGAAAUCUAAAUUAGUCAAGAUAAAGAUAGGUUAGGACAAUUGAAAAAAAUGUUAGAACACCCAAGUCUCUUAUAAAUUCAUCAAAAAUGUAUUGCAGUUGAUUAGCACAUGAUUUAAUAGAGGAACCAAUGAAUGGAGGAAUCAAAAUGAAUAAAUGUAAUGAGUACACAAAGUCGUAUCAGGCAAAAGUAAGCAUAAAUCAGGGUUAGUACCUAUAAUUUCAAACAAUUCAAGGCAAGAAAAGAAAUCUAGUGUUAAAAGGUCAUUUUAUGUCAUAAACUGUAAUCAGUGUACGAAAUGUUAGUCUUAGUCUUGAGAAGUUGGAGUAACUAAAAGUGAGGAAUAAUGAGUAAAGGUGACUUAAUAAAAUUUGGUAUCGUACAAACAGAAUAGAUCGUUUAAAAUGUGGUAGAACAUGUAUACAAAGUCAUUUAUUAGACCACAGAAAGUGUUAGGAAAUUCUUAAAAGUGGGAAUCAUAUAGGUCGUGAACUCUAUCCACACCGCAGUAUGCCCAGAAAUCGUUAGUAUAGUUUUAAACCAGGAACACCUAAUCAUUUGAAAAUAAAAGUAUAUUCCUCAAUGGUUAUUGCCUGGACAGAAUUUUCAGUAUAAAAAUCAAACACUCCCAGAGCUAUAUCACAAUCUAAAAGUGAGAGCUAGUUAUCUUACUUGCCUUUUCAUUUUUGUCAGAUGUAUUUUUAUAUGAUCUGGACAGUUCUUCCUUUCCUAUGCUUUGAGCAGGAAAGCAUUGUAUUAGUGUAAGUAAAACUUUAGACUAAAAUACAAAUCCUGCUUAUAAAAGCUAGUGGGAUAUAGCCAAAGUUAUUCUGAAUACAUUUACUCCUAAGGAUGCAUGAAGGUGCUGUAGGAGAGAAUCACUGAAUAAACAUAAUCUCUUCCUUUUGCA